CGCCCCUCUUUCUUAAAGAGAGUUUACCCAUCCUGAAUAUAAUUCACAUGUUCCACUUUCCCCUGUGCUGAGCUGUGAGUGUGCACAGCGGACUGCGUCCAGGCUGCAAGGUGCUAGUAGCUGCUCUGUCCGUUCCCGCUGGAGAGAAUCGCAGCUACAGAGUCUCCUCCAGGAACAACCUGAUGCCAGGCAGACAGCAGCUGUCAUCGAUCUGUUUCCAGUUUGGAAAAUACUGAAGCACAUUAACAUAUACAGUGACAAGACCAGGUGGUCAAUAUAUUAAACCUAGAUUGGACACUUAUAUGGGGAGAUUGUGAAGCAGCGGUCAGAGAAAAUAUAAGAUUACUAGGAGGAAGAAUCCAGCAGAGUGAAGUCAAGAUGUCUCUUGGAUGUGGCACUUUAUUCUUUUUGGUGGCAGCAGUGGGAUCAGUGUCUGGAGGUGGACCAGCAGGCGGAGGAUAUCCACAAAUGAAAUAUAUGAAUCCAAUGAUGAAAGGUCCUCUGGGCCCUCCCUUCAGAGAGGGAAAAGGGCAAUACUUAGAUAUGCCUCCAAUUCUUCCAAUGGACCUUAAAGGAGAACCUGGACCAGCAGGACAACCUGGUCCAAGGGGACCACCAGGACCUUCAGGACCCCCUGGGAAACCAGGUGUGGGAAAACCCGGAUUACAAGGACAGCCAGGCCCUGUCGGUCCUCCUGGCUUCUCUGGCAUUGGAAAACCAGGUUUACCAGGAAUGCCUGGCAAAGGUGGACUCAAGGGAUUACCUGGUACAAAAGGGGAGCCUGGAAUUAGGGGUGAACAAGGACCCCGUGGGAUGCCUGGCUCUGCAGGUAUCCCUGGGCCUUCAGGAAUCUCUUCUAAUGGAAAACCAGGUGUUCAAGGUGCUCCUGGGCAGCCAGGUAUAAGGGGUGAACCUGGUCAGAAAGGUGAGCCAGGACCUCGUGGAGAGAAAGGUAUUAAAGGAGAAUCUGGUCUUGGUAAACCUGGAUUGCCGGGCACUCGUGGAUCUGGAGGUCCACCAGGACCCAUGGGACCACCUGGUCUACCUGGGAAUGGAAAUCCUGGUCUUGCUGGAUUACCUGGAGCCCCAGGAGACACAGGAGAUGUAGGUCCACCUGGGGCACCUGGUAUAGGUGGUCAACCAGGGCCACAGGGCCCCCCGGGAAAAUCAGGGUUUGAUGGGAUUGGUAAACCAGGUUUAGAUGGAUUACCAGGAUUACAAGGGCCACUAGGUCCUAAAGGGGAACCAGGAAUACGAGGUUUGCCAGGGCUGCAGGGGUCACCAGGUUAUGGAAAACCAGGUCUGCCUGGUUUGAAAGGGGAUAGAGGUCCUAAUGGAAUACCAGGAGGAAUAGGGGAGAUAGGAGAGCCAGGUUUAGAUGGUGAACCUGGUGAACAAGGGCCACAAGGUAUUAUUGGGCCUCCAGGACUUCCUGGGUCAAUGGGUUUACCAGGAAAAAAUGGUUUGCCUGGUUUAAAAGGUGACAUAGGACCCAGUGGGCCACUGGGUGCACCAGGGAGUCCAGGGAAUCAGGGCCAAAAUGGUUUUGUAGGUAAACCAGGAUUCCCAGGUGAAAGGGGUCUUCCAGGUUCUCAGGGACUUCAAGGGCCAACUGGGCCAAAAGGAGAUGGAGGGCUUAUGGGUCUUCCAGGUUUGCCAGGUCAAGGAGGUAGCCCAGGAACAAAAGGAGAAGGAGGUUUUCCAGGGCAACCUGGCCCAAGAGGCCCAGCUGGCAUUCCUGGAUUGCAAGGGUCUUCUGGUCCUAUUGGUCCACAGGGAUUGCCAGGGUUAAAGGGGGACAAGGGUAUCCCUGGACUUCCUGGCAACAGUAUUAAAGGUGUAAUAGGUCCCAUUGGCCCUUUAGGACCACCAGGAGUUCCUGGCCCACCUGGUUUAAAUGGUCAGCCUGGCCCACCAGGUCAACCUGGACCACCAGGUUCACCAGGUAUCUAUAACGAUGGAACAAUUGCUGGUCUACACUUGCCUGAAGGAGGUGUCGAAGGAGGUAGUGUAGGGAAUGACAAGCCUGGAAAGCCUCAAUAUGGCACUGGAGAACUGUCAGCCAAAAUAGCCCCAGCAUUCACUGCCAUACUAACUACACCAUUUCCUCCAUCUGGCAUGCCCAUCAAAUUUGACCGGACUUUGUACAAUGGCCACAAUGGUUAUAAUCCUCUUACUGGGAUAUUUACUUGUUCCGUGCCUGGAAUCUAUUACUUUGCUUACCAUGUUCACAUCAAAGGCACCAACAUAUGGGUUGCUCUAUACAAAAACAAUGUACCUGCUACCUACACCUAUGAUGAAUACAAGAAAGGGUAUAUGGACCAAGCCUCUGGAAGUGCAGUACUAGAACUUAAGGAAAAUGACCAAGUUUGGGUCCAGAUGCCAUCAGACCAAGCAAAUGGAUUAUAUUCUACAGAGUACAUUCAUUCUUCUUUCUCUGGCUUCCUCAUUUGUCCCACAUAAUCUACAUGCAAUACAAUUUGCACCACUAGGCAUAAACUAUCUUUAAAAAAAAAAUGACAUGAAAAACAAAAGAAAAAAAUGAUCUACAGUAUAUAUAUAUAUAUAAAUAUAUAUUCACUGGGAAGAAGAGAUGAGUGAAGAGAUGAAAACUUUUUUUAAAAGUUCAUGAUAAAAUAAGACUUUUCAAAGUUGAUUUUCUCAUUGACGUUUUCAAAAAAUAAAGGUCACAUUAUUAUCUAGUGACUUUUAACACAGAACAAACAUGCAGGCUUGUGUCAAGAUGACUAUGCCAAGCUUAGGCCUUACUGGGACCAACAGACUACAUGGAUUUUUUGUGUUUGUUUCUUUUUGGGGGUAUUUAUCUGUACCUGCUACAUAUGUUGCCUAGUAUUUUAGCUAUAAUAACACUGCACCUACAUUUAGUGUAGCAAGGAUGGUCUACCCAGAUCAGUAAUGGUUUCAAAUUAUUUGACAAUCUAUCAAGAAAAGUAGCUAUACUUUUCAUGACAUUUUGUUUUCGUAUGGUGUUCUAGCUAUAUGGAUUAUUUGUAAGGCAUAGUAAAAUGUGUAAAAAUGAAAAGCAACAGUCAAAAACAACCAAUACAAGCAAGUUACUAGGAGUUAAGCACUGAUGCCAACUCAUUUGUACAUGGUGUUAAAUGAGUUUCCUGCCUUUAGAAAACUUUAUUAAUUUAUGCACGCUGUCCUGCGUCUUUUCCUAUAUAUAAAUUACAUAUAUAUUUAAAAUAAUGUAGCAAAAGUUGCAACAUUGAUAAUUCAAGGUUACAGUUAUCUGAAAGUGAGAAAUUUUAGUCAAAUCAUCAUGCGUAGGAGACCACAAAUAGGUUGAACUCGAUGGACAGUUGUCUUUUUUCAACCUCAGAUACUAUGUUACUAUGUUACUAUGUAUGUUUUGUUAAAAAAGAGUCAACAUUAAUGCAUAUAGAUUCAAUUCGUUAAGGAAAUACAGUAAGUCAUUUUUCAGAACUAUUUAAUGUGCAAUUGGGGCAAACAGAAUCACAUGGAAAUAAAACAAAUUGUGGAAAGGUAUAGAGACAUACUCAGUUCUACAACUGAAGUAAAUAGAAGAGCAGGUCAGUGAUUUGGGUGAUGUCAUAAAGGCUUUCUCUUUAAUAGGGCCAUAUUAUUAGAGCUGAGGAUACCUGGCCUAGUUUAGUGGAUGCAAGUUGCAAGAGUUAAUUAGCUCAAGUCAUUGCCUUUAAAGUCCAGACUGAGUAAAUCAUUCUUUAUUCUGCGUCAAAUUUUAAAACCAAUUCAUUGCAAUUUCAUCUAACAACACAUACUGUAUGCAGUAUUCAGCUAGGGUACUUUAGCUGGAGAGCAGCGGUUCAGUUAAUGUGUCUACCUAGGAAUGUAUUUUGCUUCAGAAACCAGUUAUAAUAGACAGAGUGAAUUGUGAGGUGUCUGAUAAUAACUGGCACUUAUACACACACAGAUAUCUUCUAUCAUUAGUUUAGUGUAUCUUAUUAUUGACAAUAGGCUAUGUAAGUAACCAAGUGUAAUCCAUAUCUGUAUAGUUAAUACACUGACUUUGGUUCAUGGUACCUGGCCUAUUGUCUUAAACAGCUUCGUGCUGUUAGAUAAGUCCAUCUGUAUAGCCAUAUAUUAUAUAGGGCACAUACUGUAGUCCCCCCCACAACCCCCAACCCCACACACACACACACACACACACACACACACACACACACACACACACACAAAUCCCCCCUCUCACUGCCUUUGAUGAAUAGUUGUGUGUUUUUUUGUAUUUAUAAUUCAACUGAUGACUAGCUGCAAUGCAAAGGAUAAAGUCUAGUCUACAGCAUGGGGAAACCAUGUGAUACAAUGCAUCCUCAUCUAUUAGCCAGAGAUAUUUUUUAGCUGUUUCAAGUAAUUUUUUUAGAUAUUGCUGUGUUUUUAAAAAAUUAUGACAAUUUUUUAUUUUUAUUUUUGCGUUGGUAGGGAGGGUUCUUUUAAUGUUUCCCUUCACCAUUCAGUGCCUUUUUUAAAAAUAAAAUACUGUUAAUUGUAAUCUUUUUAUUUUAUUAUCAAUUGUUGUCAAUGGUGCUAUGCCUACUUACCAAUGUUAUAUAUUCAUAUAGUGCAAUAUUACUUUAAAACAGCAACUUUGGUUUAGAAAAAUCCCAUUCCUGUUUGGUCAUGCUAAUAUCAAUGCAUUUUGUAUUGUAAUUUGUAAUGCUUGAAUCGUAACAAAAUUUGGCGUAAAGGGUUUUGUUAUUGCGCAUCCAACAAUGACUUCCUACACUACAGGCUGUGAACAUGCCGGGUGACCAGGGUUAACUUCAGAGAAGAGGUUUAAUGUUCACGGGUCAUAUGUACAGUGUUCAAAAUGUUCCUUCAAACAAUGUACAGAAUUUGUGCUACAUGAAGUAUAUUGAAUUAACUGAUUGCCAAGAUUGUUCAUUAUUCUAACUCAUAACUCUUACUAGUUCAGAGCAAGGUGCUUAAAUAAUCCUGCAUUUUAUACAUUGAUUCCAAAGUAAAUCAAGGUGGAAUAAUGAUCUGAGCAUACUGUAAUUGUUUUACUUUAUCCCUUCAAAUACCACAGAUGGCUUUCCACAUUUUGUUUAGCUGCAAUUGUCAGCUUGCCUUAUUUCUCAAUGAGUAGCAGUAAAAGGUUGGUGUUGAACAAGAAAGCUUUAUUGCACAAAGCAGUGUUAUAACAAUUCACCUGCAAACCAGAGGACCUCAUUUACAAUGAGCACUCGACGCACAACACAAAAUGCCUUGCCUUUGUGGAGCUGCAUUGGCUCUGUACAUGUAAGGCUGCACAUCUGCACUCGCUGUUAGGAGACGUCUCUGCAAACUAGAUAUAAGCCUAGGUGUUCGGACAGAAAAUACUGGAGAGGCAAGCACUGCAAAAGUGUAGGGAUAGGUGUAAAAGCCCAACUUUAAAAUACUAUCCCUUUCUUUCAUUAAUAUUGCUCCAUUAAGUCUAAUUUAUGACUUAAUUAAUCAUGAGACUGAGCAAGCAACAAAAAAAUUGACCACCUGCCAAAGCAGCACUAUCCAUCAGGCAACUAGGCUCCGUCCUAGGGCCCCAGCAGCUGCAGAGUCUAUGGGCUGUGUACAUAGCAAUUCCAUAGCAACUGUUUCUAUUAGAUAAUGCUAAAUUAUGCUCAUCCAUAAAUAUCACCACCAAGUUCCACAAAAACAGAAAUCUAAAUGAAAUUGUGCAAAUUACAGUGCAUCACCCCCUAAAGGCAUACUUGCCUACCUGACCCUCUCCAUG